AUGGUGGUGCCAUACGUGGGAUCGGAGAUUGCUACUAAGUUCGGUUAUACUUAUCCUUUCUCGAAUCAGACGAUGGAUCAAAGACCCCACCCGAUUGUCGCCUUCGAUUUCCCUCGUGUUCCCCUCUCGUUCGGCCGCAUUCGUUCUAUUGCCCGGCUGCCUCUGUUUUCCUUCGUGGCUUCAAUUGGGAUGGAUCAUAUCCCUUACCCGAUCAGACAAAUAAACCAGGGGAAAUAUAAAUAUACAUGGUGGUUCAUUUUAAGAACGAGGAACGCCACGUAACAAAUCUCAGUACAAUAUUCACACCUCGAGCCUCAUUCACGCUACGAAUGUGAGUGCUUACGGCCCCUUUUCAAUAUUUUAAUUAUUUCAGGGGGAAUACAUGUGCCUAUAUAUUUUGUUUAUACAAAUAUAUUAUCUUUUAUGCGAAAAAUACAAUAAACAUAGUUUAUAAAAAAUAUUAUUAUUUAACAAUUUAACAUAUUGUUAAAAAUAAACCAGUGAAAACUUUUCGUAUACGUGUUAUGAUUAUUUUAUCGUGAAAUAUUCAGUUCACACAACAAAUAGUACAUUAUACAAAGUUUUAUGAUUUUUAUGUGACAUUUCAUAUUAUAACAAAUACGUUAUGAAACUCUGUAGUAUUUCAAGGAUUCAAAGCUAUUAUUAAACAUGUUUAUUUUUAUGUUUAAGUACACCAUGUUGAUACAUGUACAUAUGUUCGUUAAUCUGAAACAUUCAUUGUUAUAAAAGCGAGUACAAUUACAUUUUUACGUAUAUGUCAAACAUACUCGGCUUUUAUAAACCUUAUACGACGAUAUUCAUUAUGCCUAGUGACUUACCCACAAGUAAGUUAGGGUUGAGAGUUAUUCACAAACUUUUUAGUUAAGGGGUUUUAGUGAGACAGUUUUCAUUAGUUGAGUUUAAAUACUUAGCAUACCCACACUCUAUAACCGUUAAUCUUCAGAGCGAGAUACAUAUGUAUAGAUCUAUACGGGGUUGACAUCCCCACCUGCGGUUGCUAGCUACAACCCACGACUGAUUAAUCAAAGCGGGUGAUAAGUGUCUAUCAUUACUACAACGUCCAAUGAAGCGUUGUAGGGGGUAUUAUCAGUCAGGUAGCUCGGUUAUAGGACUCACUAAAAACAUUUAACUAGAAUAUCUCUCUCUCUCUCACUGCAAUUAUGAGCUUGGUUGCUUUCAAAACUAUUUUUAAGUAUAUAAUUACUUAUGGUACAGUUUAGUAUGGUUUUCAAGUAUAUAUUCAAAUAUUCUUUACAAAUAUAGUUUUUAUGUAUGGAUUUACGUAUACAAAGAUACAUUUUGGCUUUUAAAGACUCAUUGCAAACAUUGUUUUUAACUAUCGUUAUACGUACAAAGAUAAUAAUUUUUAGACUUAUUAAAAGUAUUACUGCGUUAGCAGAAAACCUGUGACACUCACCAACCUUUGUGUUGACUUUCAAAACUACAUGUAUUCUCAGAAAAUCGUUAAACAGACUUUCAAGACAGAUUGGAUUACAGGUGACCUAGCUUACUUAUUGUUGUAUUAUAUGCCUACAUGUUAAGGCAAUUGAUGUAUUAUUCUUAUUUGUAGAAACAUUGUAUUCAAAUAUCAAGAUGGAACAUGAAUGUUAUUUUGUUUAUUGUUGUACUUGUGCUAUAUAUUCAAUUUGCCUGUGAUCCAAGGAAAUAGUCAUACAGCCCGGCGUUCCGCCGCCUCGGUUGGGGGUGUGACAGAGCGUGUCCGAUCAGUGGAAUCCUCUGAUGUUGCGGGAUGGUCCUGUAUCAUCUCUGAAGAGUGAGGCUCACUAGGGACUUCCUCCAUGUCCCCUACUUCUUCCGUCUCCUCAUCGGAUUUCUCGUACUCACAGUCUGUCUCCACAUACUCCUUAGGUCCUAAACCUGGAUCUGCCCCUUGAAACAUACCAGGUCCUUCCUCGAUCAUCCCAUUGACCACCAAGGCUUGAUAGUAAAGGAUGCCCUGCUGUAACUCUUCCAUGAUGACAACGCGAGAAACGGAGAUGUGAGAAGUAUGUGAGGAGGGUUUAUAAUUAGCAUUCUAAAAUACUUCUAUAAUACUUUAAUUGUGACGUUUGUUUCUAUAAGCUUUUUGGAUCAUUAGAUGGCUACAUUUACCCCCAACACGACUACAUAACUGUCCGGGUUUAACUAAAAUGUUCAAAUCCUCCAAAGACUUUUAUGGUUUCUUAUUAUGUUAUUACCAUAUAUACUCACAUAGUUCACUAUAAACAUUGCUCUGAUACCAAUCUAUCACACCCCCGAACCGGAG